UACCACCCCCCUCUAGCCAGACCAUUUCCUCCAACCUUCAAUCUCUCAAUCGCGAGCUUCCUCCCCCUCCAGUUCAUCUACCUCUUAUUCUAUGGCCCCACCGUCGAGUCCCUAGUUGUGGAGGAGCUGAAGGCCGGCCGGAGCGCUUCAAGUUCUGGACGUAGUGCAUGCUACCGUCACUCAUUUAAUUUAUUCCUCUUCCAGUUGCCU